AUGAAACUUUUUUAUGAAUAUUCUGAGAAAUUUUUCCAGAACCCAAAUCAUUUUCAACAAAAGGUGAUUGAUUGGAGAAAUCCUUUUCAUAACUUAAUUUCACGCACGUACAAUCAAAGUGCUUUGCAAAAUCUAAAAAUAAAACUUGAUAACAACUUCGCAAAGCCGAAACCUGUUAAAUGCUUUCGUGAUUUACUGAAAGCUAAAUUAAAAUCGGAAAAGAUUACGUGA